AGCGUGAGAUUUCGAGUUACCGUUCCUCUUUCUACCAACCUCCAAGAUGCCUACCAAGAAGACCAAGACCAGGAAGCUCCGAGGACACGUUAGCCACGGACAUGGUCGAAUUGGCAAGCACAGAAAGCAUCCUGGAGGUCGUGGUAAUGCUGGUGGCAUGCAUCACCACAGAAUCAACUUCGACAAAUACCAUCCUGGGUACUUUGGCAAGGUGGGUAUGAGACACUACCAUCUGAAAAAGAAUGCUACUUACUGUCCCACCAUCAAUCUCGACAAGCUGUGGACGCUUGUGAGCGAGCAGACAAGGCUCAACUAUGGCAAGAAGCCAGAUGGCCCUGCCCCCAUCAUCGAUGCCGUUCGUGCUGGCUACUACAAAGUUCUGGGCAAAGGCAAGCUGCCCAAGCAGCCAGUGAUCGUCAAGGCCAAGUUCUUCAGUCGACGGGCAGAGGAGAAGAUCAAGGCAGUGGGAGGAGCUUGUGUGCUUAAGGCAUAAAGCUUCUGUCAAUGUUUUUUUGCAAAAAUAAAGUGUAUAAAUUGGA